GCGGCGUGCAAGCGCACACCCAGUCCGGCGGUGCCUGGGAUUGGGCGGAGGGAGUGGUGGCUGCGGACGGAGUCACAGGAUUGGUAGAGUUCAGCGCCAAACUUGUUGACUCAUAACUGAGCAUCUCCUCUCCAUCCUUCACGACGCGGAGCUGUCCAGGGCCAGUGGUGCUGAAACUGCCAGCUUCCGACGCGCCGUUGGACUAAUUCUGUCUCUUUUCCCCGGUUUGACUGCUCCCAUCGAGCCUUUGAAAGUUACAGGCUCCUGUGCAACACUCCCAAACGUUUGGUUUAAGCGUCAUUUGGCGGAUACUUAUCCACCGUCACCGCUCCAUCCAAGAGCGCAGCAAGCCCUCAACUCCUUAGCCGAUCAAACAGGGGACUCUCUGAGGCGCAGCCAUGGCUUUCAUGGUAAAACACGUGGUGGGAGGACAGCUGAAGAACCUGACAGGCGGACUGACGGAGGAGAAACCCGAAGCGGAGAAAUCAGAUGCCGCCGCGCAGGGGAUGACUCAAGAGGAAUUUGAACAGUAUCAGCAACAGUUAGAGGAGGAAAAACAAGAACGAGAAGCCAGCUUUGCCCAGAAGAAAGCUGAGAGAGCCACAGUUAGAAGUCAUUUCCGGGACAAGUACAGACUACCAAAGAACGAGAUGGAUGAGACCCAGAUCCAGCAGGCAGGGGACGAUGUGGUGUUGCCCACAGAGCUGGCCAAGAUGAUCGCCGAGGACAACCAGGAGGAAACGCACAAGCAGUCGGUGCUGGGCCAGCUGUCCAACAUCCAGAAUGUGGACAUCGACCAGCUGAAGGACAAAGCCCAGGCCACACUGGAAGACCUCAAAAAGCAGACGGAGAAUUGCAGUCUCAUGUGAUUUGGCCAGUUCUAAAUCCCAGAAGAUUAGAGUUUUACUUGUACAAAUAUUUUUUAAAGGCAGAGCUGCUCUGGAGGUAGAAAUAUUCUUGUUGCUUGGGUGGAAUGUCAGUUGGCAGAGCCACAUAAUAACAGUUUUUCUAGCUGUGCAAAGUUAGUCUGAGGCCCAGCAGAAAUAAAAGUAAAAGAUGAGGAAGAUAUUAUGAAACCUGGGGCUCGUCUUACUAACUGGAAAAGAAAUAAUUCUUGCCACAGUGUCAUCUAGGUGAGCCAGUUUUGUCUCAAAAGUGAUGAAUGUCAUAAAUAUUUUUAUUAAAAUUAGCUUAGUGGCACAAAGACUGUAGUUGUUUGGCUCCUCCUGUUGAUAUUUAACCAAUGACGUUACUUCUGCCUUUAGAGCAACUCCUCCUCUGAGAAAGAUCAGCCUAUUGAAUCCCUUACUCCUUGCAUUCCCUAACCCUCGCUCUCUGUACCUCACGUGACCAGAGAUAACACAAUAUGAUUCUGCAGCAGAGGUCUCAGGUGUGUGUGUGUGUGUGUGUGCAGGUUUCCGUUGCUUCCAAACACACAGCAGAUGAUUUCACUCAUGAACACGUGCACCUUUUACCGAGAGAGGAUCACUGAGAUCAGCUGCUCAGUUGGAAGGAAAACACACGUACACACUGGGCUCAUAUGCCAUACGUGUGGUGGUUAUGUUGAAUUUGGGUAAUUUAUUUUAGGAGAAAUAAAAUGAAAGAGCCAUUUGUGGGGUUAUUUAUAUUCCACGUACAAAAGCACAAAAUCUUAGAAAUAGGCAAUAUUCAUUUAGAGCAACAAAUGAGGCUGAUUUUUGCCAUAAGUAGCUUACUAAUGUUGGCCCCCUGGCACCCUGAUGAAAGCUCCCUGUGAGCUGGAUUAAUCUUAGUUUUAAUCUUUUCCGAGACAUAUCUUUAGAAAAGGCUUCUUUUUUUAUUUUAAGCUUUUUCUGUACUUCAGUGUGCCUUGGACGUCCGUACAAGGUUGUCUUCUCUACAGCUCCAACAUCUGUCAGCUACUUUUUACAAAGACAGGCCUGCUUGUUGGUUUGUUUCUUAUUUUUAAUUAAAAGCAACAAAACAUUUGUGAGCAGGCAGAUAUUAUGUCUCACUUAAGGGCAGGAUAUGAUAGAUUUGCUGCAUUUUAUUUGAUGUAAGAAUUUAAAGUGUGUACAAUAAUUGUGCUCCCAAACUGAACCUAGCAUCAUUAUCAAGAACACGGGGAGCAUAUAUGUCUUUGUGAUGCAUCCAGAGGUUUUAAAAAAAAAAAAAAAGCUGUUCGGAUUAGAUCAACUUAAAUGCUUUAGAAGUCAUAUGCCAAAGCCUUUGUUGAAAACACUUCGACCAAUGUAAAGGAUAUGGCACAAAUAUGUCAACCUGUGUAACUGCGGUGUGCGUAUAAAUCCACAUAUAUUUAUGUUGUAUAAGAUGUAAAUGUAUCUGCUGUUUGCCUAUACUGUCAACAGCGGCUUGCUCUUCCCUCUGUUUUCAUCAACUCGCUGCGUCGUGUAGUACUGUUGACCUUCACAUGACCCUUGACCUGUCCUCCAUCUCAUUGACCCCCUGCGUCUCAGUGGUGCUGUUUUGUGCUGGUGGAUUUGUGUUGUUCAGACAACGUGACAUGUUAAGUGGCGUCUUUGUAAAAAAAAUACAAAAAAAAAACAAACAAAGCUAAACUGGUCCUGUGGCUGAGAGUGCUGGUCACAGUGUUACACAGCACAUGGUCACUGUGGGCUUACAGCGUAACUCGGUAUUCUGUCUAUGUCAUUUUCUUUCCGAGUGUAAGUGAAGGUGUGGGCGAAUCAAGAGGGGAUGAUGUUGAUGUUGUGUUGAAUCCAUAUACGCUACAUUUUGCCAGUGUUUGAUUUUAUGUAGCAGUGGUGCGGAGGAUGAUGUCAGCUCAUAUUUGUCCCCACUCUGAUUCCUGUUAUAGCUCUACUGCCGAAACAUGUUAUUCUUUGGGUACUUUAUGAUUAUACAAGUCUUCAUCUCACAUAUAAACGUUUGAUUUUAGAGGAAAUGAGGACAAAAAGAUACUGACUGUUUGUUUCAAGAUGCUGUAGGUGCCACACUACUGCUGAAUGAAAACUGAGGCUACACGUAAACAUUUUCAGUAUAGUGGUUAUUGUCAUGUGAUAGAUGAGCCGUAUAUUCGUAACAUUUAAAUAAUAUAAAGCAGAGGAAAAGUUGCAAUAAGUCCUUUUAUAAUAGAGCUACUAGAAUCUGUCAUGUUUGAUCAUGAGACAAUAUAAAUGGGUGGAACAGAAGCCAUAAAGCAAGCUGUUUGCUUUGUAUGAGUGUGUGUGACUUGAAAUAAUAAUUCAAUAACUCAAUAAUAAUAAUAAUAGUAAUAAUAUACAAAUGUAUUUUUUGUGUUGUCAUCCUGUGGAACUGAUUUAUCAGGAAAUGGCUGCCACGACACGCAGUUUCUUCUAGUUCUCUGGCUGUUUUGUUUGUUUCACAGUAUCUCUAUCAUUCUGUCUCCAAAAGUAUUU